AAAAAGAACAAAAAAAACGACGCCACAGUCCAUUCUUCUUCUGCCCCCCUCCACGCGAGAUCUGCCACGCUCGCUCUCACCCGCCCACGGAUCCGAUCCGCCUCCACUCCCUCCCCCACCGGCGGGCGGCCGCCCGAGCGGCGCGGUGCUCCUCCUCCCUCCUCGUCGUCGUCGUCGGCGCCGGCGAUGGUCGUCUGCAAAUGCCGCAAGGCGACAAGGGUUUAUUGCUUCGUGCACAAGGUUCCUGUCUGCGGCGAAUGCAUCUGCUUCCCGGAGCAUCAGUUAUGCGUGGUUAAAAAUUAUGCUGAAUGGGUUGUUAAUCCUGAUUAUGACUGGCCACAACACUGUUCAUCUUGCAAUUCUGUUCUGGAAGCUGGAAGCGAAGAAACUACACGAUUGGGUUGCUUGCAUGUGAUGCACACAAGAUGUUUGAUCUCACACAUACAAAGUUAUUCAACCCAAACUGCACCAGCUGGAUAUGUUUGUCCUUCAUGUUCUACACCUAUAUGGCCUCCUUCAACUAUUAAAGAUACUGGCUCGCGCCUUCACUCUAAACUAAAGGAAGCAAUAGCCCAGACUGGAUUGGAGAAGAACGUAUUUGGAAAUCAUUUUGUGACAAUGCCUAAAGCUGAUACUCGCACCCCUCCUGCUUUUGCUUCAGAUCCUCUUAAACGUGUAUCCAUUUCUGGUGAUAGAGAAUCAAAUGGUGCAAACAUAAUCAAUUCUGCUAUAGAUGCAAAUGUGCAAUCUGGUGGAAUGUAUUCUUCUGCUACUGUGGGAUCUGGGACACCUAGUCACGUUGAACCAGAAAUAGUUGAAAUAGAUGGUCCAAGUCCAAUAACAACUCAGUUCCCUGAACAGGAGUCCAACUUCAUCAGAAGUCCUAGCCCACAUGGGCCGAGUGCCAUGACAAGAAAAGGUGCUAACUAUGUUGAGAGACAAAAUUCAGAGAUUUCUUAUUAUGCUGAUGAUGAGGACGCAAACCGCAAGAAGUAUACCAAAAGGGGUACAUUCCGUCACAAAUUUCUAAGGAUGCUGCUACCUUUCUGGUCCAGUGCAUUGCCAACACUGCCAGUUACAGCACCUCCUAGAAAAGAGAGUGAUGCUCCAGAGGGCCGUUCACGACAUCAAAAAUCAUCAAGAAUGGAUCCUACAAAGAUCUUACUUGCAUUGGCGAUCAUGGCAUGUAUAGCAACAAUGGGGAUACUUUAUUACCGUUUGACACAACGCAGUCUUUCCGAGAACUUUAUUGAGGAUGAACCUCAAUAGUACCCUGAGGUUGUCAAUCUUGCAGUUCAUUCCUGGUGCUAUGCUGCUGAUUCCAAGGGUUUUAUACCCUCCUUGUAUUUCUUUUCUUCUCCCUUUUUGUGGGGCUUUCUUGGUGGCUGAGAUGGGUAGUUAGAUACUACAUAAGAAUUAUAGUAGACUGCUUCCAUAUGAUGAUUGAUGUGCAUGUUUAUGUAACUAUAAUGCUAUAAAAUAUCCUCUUUGUUAUUUACACCUGAUGAGAAAUCAUAGAAAUUGCCACCAUUUGUUUAUCUACCUCAGGAUAUUAUGUAUUUCUGGCUGCUUUUUUAUGGUGCCUUCAAAACUGUUAGAGAUGCUAAUUUAAUGGUGAUUACCACUUUA